ACUUAAGCCCAAUUACUGUAUUAAAUAGAGACAUCAGCCCAACGAUGAUCUUUUUUUCCUAAAAGCAACAACAUAGGGCUUCGUCAUUGCAAAGAAACAGCCUCAGCCAUGGCGAAGAACCGGAACAAGAAGCGGAAAUCUGAAAAUGGCUCAGCCGCGAUGGACCUUACAUCGGAUUACACGGUUGUCAGUGCUCCUGAAGCCAUGGACACUUCGGAAGUAGCUGUAAGAAAAUCAGCUGUUGGUCUCCACGGAAAGAAGAAAGGAGUACAGAUGAAGAGAGCAAAGAAUGUCCGGAAGAUGAAAGCCGUGGCCAAAGCUUUAUCUAAAAUGGAGCAAGAAGAGGAGAAAAUGUCGAAGAUAGAAAACAAGAUGCUACGAAUCAAAUCUGCCAAAAAGCUAUAUGAUUGAGUUAUCUUGCUCUGCAAUCUUUCUGUAGGAAGUUUGUAGUUCAAUGCUAGGUUCAGUGUGUAAGAACAACUUCCGGUUAGGUUUAGUAUAUCCAUAUCAAAAGAGCUCUAGAUUGACUUCUUUUUUUGUCUCAUAUUUUGCGAAUGUACCACCAGUCAAACCUAGGAGAAGAGAAGUUGAUGAGAGACAAAUGAGUCGCAAUUUGUAAGACGCAUCAGUUUUUGAUAAGUGAUGAUGCAUGGAGUGUAACAUAACAACCCAAUUACAAGGCUAGUGCAUUUUAUCAAACUGGAAACCAAACUUAGCACAUUAUUACUCGGCUAAGAUGCAUAUUCUUUUUUUUUUUUUUUUG